AUGCCUUCCGAUGCUGCGCACGCGUCUUUCCUGGUCCAGGCCAUGAAGACAAAAGAGCAGGCUGAGAAGUUUGCUCAAUUUCGGCCUGCAAUGUCUCCUGAUGAACCCAAGGCCCGAUUCCCUGGAUUCCGGCAACGCGUUGUUGAAUACAAGGCAGGGCAGCAAGUCAUGGAAGGUGCUAAGCCACUGCCCAUCGACAUCAACAUGCAUGAAAGUAUCCCUAUGGUCCUCUCAGAUGGUGUCAAACUCUAUUGCGACGUUUUUCUCCCAGCAACUUCAGACCCGUUGGAGAAGGUCCCAGCUUUGGUUGCCUGGAGUCCCUACGGUAAACAGGGCGGAGUCACCAUGCUAGAUGACUUCCCCUUUCGUGCGGGAGUUCCGAGCUCUUGGGUGUCUGGCCUUCAGAAAUGGGAGGGACCAGACCCUGCCUUCUGGUGCACAGAGGGAUAUGCUGUAGUCAACGUCGAUGCUCGCGGCGCAUAUACUUCCGAGGGUGACUUGGUUAUGAUGGGCCACCAGGAAGCGCAGGAUGGAGCCGAAUUUGUCACUUGGGUUUCAGAGCAAUCCUGGAGCACCGGUAAGGUGGCUUUGACCGGAAACAGUUGGUUGGCCAUGGUACAAUGGAAAAUUGCAAGUCUGCGACCAAGGGGCCUCUCUGCAAUCUCUCCUUGGGAAGGGAUGCAAGACCUAUACCGCGAUGUUGUUUGUCAAGGAGGUAUUCCCUGGACCGGGUUUCAGGAUUGGAUCGUUGAUCGCUUCAGUGGCUACGGCAAGGUGGAAAAUGUUGGUGCCGUGUUAAGAAAUAACGAACUCUGGAACGACUAUUGGGAAGACAAGAAAGCAAAGUGCGAGCAGAUAAACGUCCCGACUUAUUUGACGGCUACAUGGACGAACCCAGUUCACACCCCUGGUACAUUCAGAGCAUACAGAGCGUUGCCUGAUGAUCUACCUAAAUGGCUUCGAGUACACAACACUCAAGAAUGGUCCGAUUACUAUGCUGAUUCCUCUUCCCGUGAUUUGAAACGUUUCUUCGAUCACUACCUCAAGGGGGAUGUCACCAACGGCUGGCUAGCUACACCGAAAGUCAGGAUGACCGUGUUGAAUUUUGGGCUUUCAACUCUAGAUGAUACUGUCAGCCGCCCGGAAACAGAGUUUCCUCUUGCCCGAACCGCCUACACCAAGCUAUUUCUCACCUCCGAUGGAACCAUGACUAAAGAUUCAUCUGCUGGAAAGGAAUUUUCCGUUUCGUACAACCCAAAAGGAGGAAGUGCCAUUUUCAGACUUCGCAUUACCGAGGCAAUGGAGACCACCGGAUACUUUCUGGCAAGGCUUGUAGUCUCCUGUUCAGAAGACGCGGACAUGGACCUGUUCGUCCAAAUGUCCUCUUACAAUCAAAAGUCAUCGUAUCGGCAAGGUACCCUAACCAUUCGACCUCAGAGUCAUUUUGUGCAGGUGCUUUUGAAACAACUGCAUGACUGGUACUUUGGAAUGCAAAAAGUGGGGAUGCUUUUCCAUUGGGGACCGGAGGGCCGGCUACGGGUAAGCAGGGCGGAUGGCAAGAGCGAGAAUUCAACGCUCUUUGAGCCAAUUUACGAGUGUAAGAAGGCUCUGCCGCUCUCGAAGGGUGAGAAGAGACUUGUGGAAAUUCCACUUCGGCCUUAUGGAAUGUUUUGGAAGAAGAAUGAUAUCAUGGAAUUGACAAUUGCUGGAAACCCAAUCCUUCCGUUCCCAAUUCCAGCUGUUAAGAGCGCACAUGGCAAAAAUACGGGUCUUCACACCAUCCAUUGCUUUGAUAGAGGCAACGAUAGCUCUUGCUUUAUCAUUCCCAUAGUUUAG